CACGCACGAAGAAGUCAUGAAACGAAAAUGUCCGUGGAGGAACACAGGCGACUCCAGAGUUCCGCGAUGAAAACAUGUUGCGUUUGGCACCGCACGCUUGGAUAAGCUUCUUGGGGACUUUCUUGGCACUGUAGUUUCUGCAGGCUAAAAUCCGUUCUUUGGCUAGCGGCAGCUGUGGGCUUUUAACAGCUCACCCAGACUGAAGAGAACUGCGGGUCAUGGCGACGCUGCUGCACACUCAACUAGAGAACCACCCCCGGUUUUUCAGUCAAAGCCCAUGAAGACAAGGGGAAUGAUACGUUUAAGUCAAGAUAGAAUUGUGGACAAAUUAACCUGGAUUGCAUGUGGAGAACAAAGGGCAUAUUAAGAACCAAGAUGAUGAAAAACUGGUUCGUCAUCGGUGGCAUCGCCGCUGCCAUUUCAGCUGGAGCAUACAUCCUGUGGGGACCAGUCAUUGAGCAAAGAAAGAGGAAAAGGGGUAUGGUUCCUGGUCUGUUGAACCUGGGAAAUACCUGCUUCCUAAACUCUUUACUUCAGGGAUUGGCUGCAUGUCCCUCCUUCAUAAAGUGGUUGGAUGAAGUGUCUUGUUUGCCUGCAUUUCAAUCAUGUAAAGACAAACCACUGUCCAAAACUCUUCUCCAGCUCCUCAAAGCGUUGUCCUCUGAUGAGCCUGGCCCGGAGGAUGUGAUUGAUGCUGGAUGCUUGUUGGAUGUUCUGAGACUUUACCGAUGGCACAUCAGUUCAUUUGAGGAGCAGGAUGCACACGAACUCUUUCACGUCCUCACCUCGUCUCUGGAGGAAGAGCGGGAUCGCCAACCCAAAGUUACCCACUUGUUUGACAUACACUCACUGGAGUCUUUACCUGCCCAAGAUGAGAACACCUGCAGAAGCCGAGCACCUCUCCACCCAAUACCGAGUCCCUGGAAAUUCCAGCAUCCCUUUCACGGCCGACUAACAAGCAACAUGUCGUGCAAAAGAUGCAACCAACAGAGUCCAGUGCGCUACGAUUCCUUUGAAAGCCUUUCCUUGUCCAUCCCUCUGCCUCAGUGGGGUCGACCCAUUUCUCUGGAUCUGUGUUUGCAGCAUUUCAUCUCCUCUGAGACCAUUAAAGGGGUGACGUGUGACAAUUGCACGAGGCUCCAACAAGGGGCCAUGGUCAACGGGCAACUGCCUGAAGACCAGAAGACAACUUUUGUGAAGCAGCUGAAGUUGGGAAAGCUCCCUCAGUGCCUUUGCAUCCACCUGCAGCGCCUGACCUGGUCCAGCGAGGGAACCCCCAUCAAGAGACAGGAGCACGUGCAGUUUGCAGAGUUCCUCACAAUGGACCGAUACAAACAGGAUGCCACUUCACGAAGAAGUCACCGUCUCAGUUGCUCCUCUCUGCCUGUGAACAGCUCGGACGAGGACGCAGAGAAGCCUGCAGCUAAUGGCUCAGAUGUUGAGCAUCACAACAACAACAAACCUUUUGCCAAUGGAAACUGCUCAUCACUUUUUCUGCCCUCGCCAGGGAUCAAUCAGCAGUUUGCCUUGACGUUCAACUGCAGCUCUACAGAGUAUCUCUUCCAGCUCGCAGCAGUGCUGGUGCAUCACGGCGACAUGCACUCUGGACAUUUUGUCACGUACCGGCGCAGCCCCUCGCCACCUCACAGUCCUUCACAUUUCUCCUCCCAGUGGCUGUGGGUGUCGGACGAUUCAGUACGCAAAGCUAGCCUGCACGAGGUUCUGUCUUCUAAUGCCUACAUGCUCUUUUAUGAGCGAGUCCACAGACCGAACGUGGCACAGGUGACGGAAUAAGGACGGAUGCUGUGGUGUGUACCUGGAAAUACAGUUCUUAGAGAAACGGUUCAGGCUGUGACAUCAAUGCAGACUUUUGUUGGAGGCUCUCAAAUGUGAUGGACAUUUCACUGGCCACAGCAGGAACUAUGACACUUUGAUUUUAAUGCCGCCAUGUUGUGUUUAGAUGCCUUUGUCUUCGAAUCAUCAUCAGCUGUCAUACAACACCUGAGAGAGGGGAAGAGGGACUUCCGUUCCAUCAGGAUGAACCACAUAUUCAAACCCACAACCUCAGCAGUGAAUGUGAAUCAUGUUGUACCCAAGUGAGGUUCAAGUGCCAUAUUGUCAAACCCAACUUGUCAUGUGAACAUGAGCCUACUUUAUCCUCAAAAGUAGAUGAGACCAGUGGUAUGAUAGUCAAGGGACAGAGAGAGCCUGUGUAUGGGAUGUUACUCUAUAUUUUUAUAUCUGUGCAACUUCUGCUCUCGUCCUCAUGAGGUCUGAUGCAAAACCUGUUGUGUAUGUUUUGCACUGUUGUAUAUACAUGUAUGAUGGUGUGUCUGUGGAUUUUGAUGGCGAUUGUUGGUGUUGAAAUUAAAAGGAGA